AUGAUGUCGGAAGAAAAUAAUGAACAAAAUGACUCAAAUUUAAAUUUAAAUCAUCAUGAAGUAAAUAGUAAUAAUAAUGAUGAUGAUAAUACAAUAAAAACUCAAGAUAAUCAAUGGAUUGAUGAAUUACGUCUAGCACUUGAAAAAGGAUGUGAUUUAGGAUCAAUUCGUAAUAUUGGCAAAUGUCGUCCACUUACCGAUGAUUUGAGAUUGCGUGUUUGGAAAACAUGUCUGGAUAUCAAUGAAACCAAUAAUGAAUAUGAAUAUAUUGAUAGUAAUGUUUUUGAUUUACCAGAACAAAAUGUAAUACGUGACGAUGUAUCACGUUUAGUACAUGCAUCACAAAUAGAUCAAGAUAUGUUAACAUCAAAAAUGACUGAUCUUGAAGCAGUCAUUACAUAUUAUUGUAAAAAAAAUCAUGAAACAUAUGGAAAAGGAAAUGGAUGGAUUGAAAUAUUUAAACCACUAAUUACUCUUGAAUAUAAAGACCGCUCUGAACUUUAUGCAUUAUUUGCUAGUGUUCGCAAUCGUUACAUACCUCGUGAUUGUGAAGCUGAUGGAAUGCCUUAUCACUUAUUUCGAUUAUUAUUACUUUAUCAUGAUCCAGAAUUAUGUAGUUUUUUUGAUACAAGAAAAAUUAUACCAGAUUUAUAUGCACAUAUUUGGAUUCGAAGUUUAUAUGCUGGAUCAUGUUCAUUAAAUGUUACUUUACCGCUUUGGGAUGGAUAUUUUCAACAUGCUGAUCAAUUUUUUGCUUUUUUUCUUGCUCUUGUUUUACUUAUGUUUGCUAAAGAACAGUUGUUAGAAAUGGCUGACAAGGAAAAAAAUGAAAUUAUUAAUUUUUUAUCAAAAGCACCAUCCAAUUUAACUACUGAUGAUUUAGAUGAUUUUUGUUCAUUAGCUAAUCAUUAUGCGUCAAAUACACCUCAAUCAUUCCGCAAAGAAUUCUAUUCAUGUUUAUUCAGUGAAACAGAUCGAUCAUUUUCUCAAAAAGCUUAUUCCAUCUAUCAAGCAUUAUGUUUACCUGUUUCUGUUCAAGAACUACUACAAGCAAAUCAAUUAGGCGGAACGGCAGGUGUCAGAUAUUUUAUUGUUGAUUGUCGACCAGCUGAACAAUAUAAUGCCAAACAUCUUUAUACAGCAUUUCAUCUUGAUGCGAAUCUUUUACUCGAAGAUCCAAAAGAAUUUGCUGGAACUGCAGAUGCACUUUUUGCUACACAAAAACGUGCUAUUGAUGCUGGUUCAGCAGCAGGUGGUGAACAUCUAUGUUUUAUAGGUUCAGGUCAUGAAGAAGAAGAUAAAUAUGUACGUAUGGUUGUAGCUUAUUUUUUACGACGCAAUACAAAAUAUGUUAGUAUUGCUUCUGGUGGUUAUGAAAUUCUUGCACAAGCUAUCGAAGACCCAACCAUGUUAAUUCAACAACAAGAACGUAAAAUCUCAACAGCAGCAGCAGUAGUACAGGAAUCACUAUCUAUUGGAUCAACACUUAAACAAAAUAUAGCAGAAAAAUUACCUGUAAUUAAUACGCAGACGGCUUCAUUACUCAAUAUGAUUUCAAGUGCAGUGAAAACAAAAUCUAUUGAAGUCAAAGAUAAAGUUAAAGAUUAUAUAACUCAUACAUCAUUAAAUGAUUCAUCUCAUUCAACAUCUAAACAUGUAAGUAAACAAGAUAAAGUCAGUAAACUUUAUCGACAAAAUCAACCAUCAGUUUUUUCACUCGAUGAAGAUGAUGAUGAUGCAACAACAUCAUCAUUUCGACAACAUGGAACAUCUGAACUUGUUGAUAUUGAAUCAUGGUUUUUACGUAGUGAUCUAUUAUAUAAAUAUGAAUGUGAACAUUUCGAUGAAAACGAUAGACCACAUCCAAGUCUUUUAUUAGUAUCAUCAACACAUUUAUAUAUAUUACGAAAAUUACCUGAACAUAAAACAAUGGCUAAUCUUGUUUCACGUCGUCCAUUAAAUAUAGUAUCAAAAAUAACAAGUAAAAAAAAUUUUCCUGAAAUUAUAACAUUUCGUUAUGCAGCCAACCAAGGCGAAGAAGAUGAACAAGAAAAAGCUAUUAAAUCGAAUAUGAAAAAUACAAAAAUAAAAAUUCCAAUUGAUUGUGAUAAAGUUUAUAUACCUGAUGCAGGUGAUGCUAUAAAGAAUAUCAAAAUAUUAAUUAUGAAAGCAUUAAAUAUGUUCGAAAUCUCGAAUGAAAAUUGA